AGUCAGCGGCUGGAAUCCGAGAGAGAUGGAGGACAUGAGCGCAGUGGAGAGUAUGGAGGCCCUGCGGCCUCAGAGCUUCCUUUUCGGCUGCGAACUGAAGGAGAAGAAGGACUACACGUUGGAUGUGGGCGGUGAUGACAACGAGCAUCAGCUUUCUCUCAGAACAGUCAGCCUUGGUGUUGGUGCAAGUGAUGGUUUGCAUCUUGUAGAAGCAGAAGCCUUGGAUUAUGAAGGAACUCCGACCAAGGUUGUGUUGGCAGCAUUGAAGAUGUCUGUACAGCCCACAGUUAGUUUGGGGGGAUUUGAAAUUACACCUCCAGUAACUUUCAGACUGAAGUCUGGCACAGGUCCAGUUUAUAUCAGUGGGCAGCACCUGAUUGCAUUGGAUGAGGACUUGUCUUCUGAUGAAGAAGAGGAUGACAGCAUGUUGGAAAACUCUUCACAGAAACAGGGAGUGAAACGGCCACCACCUCUUCAAGGAUCCAAAACAAUGCAGAAAAAAAUGAAGAUGGAGGUGGAAGAGGAGGACGACGAUGAGGAAGAUGAUGAUGAGGAUGAUGAUGACGACGAUGAGGACAUUGAUGACGAUGAGGAAGAGGAGGAAGAAAAGACUCCUGCAAAAAAGCCUGUGCAGAAACCACCAGCAAAGGGCACUCCAGGGAUGAAAGCAACUCCAAAUCAGAAUGGGAAAGCUUCAAAUAAGUCCACACCUGCACAGAACAAACCUGCAAAGGCCCCAGGUUUAAACAAGAGACACCAGACCCCCAAAACACCCAAAGCAGUGCUAUCUGUUGAGGAAAUCAAAGCGAAACUGAAGUCUUCAGUAGAGAAGGGGUCUGGCCUACCCAAGAUGGAACAGAAAUUUACCAAUUUCAUUAAGCAUGGUUUCAGGGUAGAGGAUCCCAAGGUGGUCAGUGAUCUAUGGACCUGGAGGCAAUCAAUGAAAGAUUCAAAAUAAGUACGUUAAGAAGCAAGUUUGUCAUCCAACUGCUUUUCUGUAAGAUUGAAGAUCCUCUCCCACGACUGGAAUCUUAAUUGGAACCCUUUCAAUGUUUCUGGUGAACUCAAUGAAUUAGUAAGGCUAGUUGCAUGCCUACAAAGGUGUGAAUUCUGUGAAGACCAUGCCAAUAAUGUUUAUUUACUUUUAAAACAAUGCAGUGGGCGUGCACGUACAUUCGUCCAGAGGAGGUGUGGAUUUAUUCACAUUGUGUUGAGUAGUUUGGUCUAGAUUUCCUCAGUCCAUCUUAUUUUUCUUUGCACGGUUUUAAAAAUUCUUGACUAAUGUUAUUCCACUCGUGUGUUACAAUAACUUGUGGAGACGGUUUAAGUGAAGGCGUUGUCUCUAUUUUGAUACAAAUAAACGUUCAUACAAAAUCUUUGUGGGUAUCCUAGAAUAAAAUGCAUUCUUCUCCGUU